AUGGCUUUUGCUGCUCGUACCCUCAGACUAUGCCUUGCACGUAGCAGUGCAACAAUGCCUUUAACUGCUCGCCUUCAAACCCCUUUGGCCAUGCGCAUCACUUCAACCUCAUUACCAGCAGCUCAAUCCAUUUCGUUUAUGGCCAUGCGUGGAUAUGCCAAAAAAGCUGGUGGAAAGAAGAAGGGCAAUGCUGUUGAGAAGGAAGACGAUGCCGAUGUCCCUCUUUUGUUUGACCAGAAACAAAUUGACGAGCGUAUGAGCAACGCAAAUUCCAGCUUGAAAGAACAACUCACUACCAUUCGUGUUGGACGUGCUAAUCCAGCUAUGCUCGACAGUGUCCGUGUCCGAAUUGAGACUGAAAGCUACAAUUUGCGCGACUUGGCGCAAGUAACGAUCCGUGAUCCACAGACACUUGUUGUUACUGUACAUGAUACAGACUAUCUCUCAGCAGUUGAAAAGAGUAUCCGAGAGUCUGGGUUGAAUCUUAAUCCUCUUGUGGAUAAUAAAAUCCUUCGUGUUCCCAUCCCAAAGCCAACAAAGGAAAGUCGCGAUAAGAUGGCAAAGUUGGUAGUCCAGGCAGGAGAACAAGCAAAGGCCAAGAUUAGAUCCUUACGCCAGGAUGGUAUGAAGCAAUUAAAGCAGGAUUCCAAGUCACAGUCUUCAGAUGAUACCAAGAAGUUGGAGAAACUGGUCCAGACUUUAACAGACAAAUACAACAAGUCUAUCGAUGAAUUAAUCAAAGCAAAGGUCAAAGACAUCCAAUCAUAA